AUGCCCAAGGCAGAGGCCGGCUCGGUCAAGCACCUCAACAACAAGCUCAAGUCCAAGGGCUUGCAGCGGCUGCGAUGGUACUGCCAGGUCUGCGAGAAGCAGUGCCGCGAUGCCAACGGCUUCAAGAUGCACACGCAGUCCGAGAGCCACGUGCGGCAGAUGCUCGUCGUCGGCGAGGACCCCAAAAAGUACAUCAACGAGUUCAGCAACCAGUUUCUUUCCGACUUCGUCAGUCUCCUCAAGACGGGCCACGGCGAGAAGCAGGUGCAGAUCAACCACUUUUACCAAGAGUACAUUGCGAACAAAGAGCACGUCCACAUGAAUGCCACGAAAUGGCCGUCGCUCACGGAAUUCGCCAAGCACCUCGGCCGCGAGGGCAUCUGCCGCGUCGAGGAGAACGACAAGGGGAUACACCUCACGUGGGUCGACAACUCGCCAGACGCGCUGAAGCGGCAGGAGGCGCUGAGGCGAAAGGAGGCGCAGAACCAGGGCGACGAGGAGAUUGAGCAGCGCAUGAUCAAGGAGCAGAUUCGGCGCGCGCAGGCAAAUGCGGCCGCGCGCGAGGCGGACGUGGAAAAGGACGCGGAGGAGAGGCUGCUGAAGCGGCAAGAGGGCGAAAAGAUAUCGCUGUCGUUUGGCGGCCCCAAGACCAAGACGACAACCUCGGGCGACGACGACAACGAUGCUACGGAAAAAGCCGACGCAGAAGCUGGCGAAAAGAAUACGGAUGGGGCCGCCGCCGCCGCCGCAACGGAAGCACCGGACGCAAAGAAGCCCAGCGGCGGCUUCUCCUUCAAGGCCGGCGGCAAGGCGCCCGUCAAAAAUGUCUUUGCGCAGGCCAAGAAGAAUGCGCUGACCGGCGGCGGCACCAAGAAGCCGGCCGGUCUUGAGCAGCCUAAGAAGAUGAGCGAGGCGGAGCGCAUCAUGCGCCAGGAAAUGGACCGCAAGCGCACGCGCGAGGGGAGUGGCUCGGGCAGCAACGCAUUCAAGAAGCAGCGAAGCAACUGA